CUCAAAGUUGAGAUGUGUCACUGGUGAACUAAGGCUGAUGAAGAAACCUGAGCACACUGUGGGACGCUCAGCUGUAAUAGAAGCACUGACACUGUCUACUGAAGCAGGUUCUGAGACAUUCAUGUGCAGAGUUUAACAGAUGCUGGCAAGGGCACCUGCUUGCUAGAGCCAAAACUGCACAUUUCCCUUCAUUCUAAGCCAUGAAUGAAUCCAGGUGGACUGAAUGGAGGAUCCUGAACAUGAGCAGUGGUGUUGUGAAUGUGUCCGAGCAUCACUCCUGCCCACUUGGAUUUGGUCACUACAGUGCGGAGGAUGUCUGCAUCUUUGAGACAGUUGUUAUUGUCUUGCUGACAUUUCUAAUCAUCGCUGGGAAUUUAACAGUCAUCUUCGUCUUUCAUUGUGCUCCACUGUUACACCAUUAUACCACCAGCUACUUCAUACAGACAAUGGCAUAUGCUGAUCUCUUCGUUGGAGUUACCUGCUUGGUUCCUACACUUUCCCUUCUCCACUACUCCACAGGUGUCCAUGAGUCAUUGACUUGCCAGAUUUUUGGAUAUAUUAUCUCAGUUCUAAAAAGCGUUUCAAUGGCAUGUCUUGCUUGCAUCAGUGUGGAUCGCUAUCUGGCAAUAACCAAGCCUCUGUCCUACAAUCAACUGGUCACUCCAUGUCGCCUCAGAAUUUGCAUUAUUAUGAUCUGGAUUUACUCCUGCCUAAUUUUCUUGCCUUCCUUUUUUGGCUGGGGGAAACCUGGUUACCACGGUGACAUUUUUGAAUGGUGUGCCACAUCUUGGCUCACCAGUGCUUAUUUUACUUGCUUUAUUGUUUGUUUACUUUAUGCUCCUGCUGCUUUGGUUGUCUGCUUCACUUACUUCCACAUUUUCAAAAUUUGCCGGCAGCACACCAAAGAGAUAAAUGAUCGAAGGGCUCGAUUCCCUAGCCACGAGGUAGAUGCUUCUAGAGAGGCAGGACACAGCCCUGACCGUCGCUAUGCCAUGGUUUUAUUUAGGAUAACCAGUGUGUUUUACAUGCUAUGGCUCCCGUAUAUUAUUUACUUUCUUUUAGAAAGCUCCCGUGUAUUGGACAAUCCAACACUGUCCUUCUUAACCACCUGGCUCGCUAUAAGUAAUAGUUUUUGUAACUGUGUAAUUUACAGCCUCUCCAACAGUGUUUUCCGCCUAGGCCUCCGAAGGCUUUCUGAAACCAUGUGUACAUCUUGUGUGUGUGUGAAGGAUCAGGAAGCUCGGGACCCCAAACCUAGGAAACGAGCGAAUUCCUGCUCCAUUUGAAGAGAACUGCACAGUAAAUCAAAUGUAUUGUGACAGUUGGUUUGGAUUGUAUUCUUGAUUCAUUUGGAAAUUUGCCCUGGAGAAAUAUUUAUGUGAAUAGUUGACUAUGAAAUGAAGAAUGAGAUUUAAGAUCUCUUUCUUUUUCCUUUUGUGUUAAAAGCAAACAAACAAACAAAAGGAAAGGAUAUGUAGAAGGUAAUCUCAUGAGAGAAUUAAAGCAUGUGAAUGUGUGUUCAGUAAUAGGACAAAUUUGGCCCUGAGGAUGAAAAAGGUAUCUCAAAUCUACAAGACAUGAGCAAGCCCCUCAGCCCCUUUCUUUCUCCCACUGUUCUCUCUGCCUCUGUCUUUUUCUUUCAUUUAGUCUCAUUCUGUUUCUUACUCUUUGUGUUUAUGGAAGUUAUUAUUUGCAUAAAUUGCCCUAUAUAAAAAAUGCUCAUAUUAUAUAUGUGGCAAAUGUAACAUUUUCCAUCAAAGUAUAUUUUAAGACAUGCCAAUCUGCAUAGUAAGUAUUGCAUUUUAUUGUCAUACACCCCCUUUGUUUAUGUUUUUAUAGUCUUCUCUUCAGCACAGAUUUUUCCACUACAAACAAAAAGGAGCAGUAUUUUUGUUUCUACUGUGGAAAAGGGCAUUUAGUUUCUUUCCCUUUUCCUAACAGCCUGCUAAUUUUUAUUCCAAUUUUGUCUUCAUCUGAGUACUUUGGUAACUCACUCUAAAGUGUCUUAGUUAAUGAAAGAAUCCACUGUAUAAGGCAAUCAUAAUGUUAAAUAAGUUAUUCUUUUUAACAAAACAAUCUAGUAGUGUAUUUAGGAGGUUGCAUUAAAUUAACUAUUUUAAUGGAUUCUGGAUACAUUUUUAUCUGGUUUCUUUGAAGUUAGUUCAUGUGCCUAUAAUAUUGUACCUUUUGCUAUAAUAAUGUUUUUUUCUUUUCUAUAUAAAGUUCACAAUAAUCCUAAUGCAGAUGCAGAAUACCCACCCCAUAAUGAUGUAUUACCUAUUGUGCUACUCAGAACGUCCUUUAAAAAAAAGUGAAACACUGAUAUUUUGUGUUC